AUGUGUGACUGUACUGAUUCGCGGACUGUGAACACACCGCAGGGCCCCGUAAGAGGAUAUAAAGAUCCGGAAGGAGGUCUUUAUGCUUUCUAUAGCGUGCCCUAUGCGAAGGCCCCAACUGGGAGGGAUAGAUUUAAAGCUCCUUUACCAGCUGCAAAACGCCCCUACGUGCUGGAAGCUGUAGACAAGGGAAUAAUAUGCCCUCAGCAAGAUCUCUCAGAAAUGUAUAAAAAGAGCUUAGUUAUCACUGAAGACUGUCUAAUCGCCAAUAUUUUUGUACCAGAAACGAGUAAAACCAAUCUACCAGUUGUAGUGUACGUUCAUGGCGGAGGUUAUAUUGCGUGUUACGGUAAUUUGCUGACUUACAAGAACUUCAUAAGAAAUAGAGAAGUAAUUGUGGUUACAUUCAACUAUCGCCUCGGUGCCCAUGGUUUCCUAUGUUUGGGCACGGACGAUAUCCCCGGGAACGCUGGAAUGAAGGACCAAAUCGCCCUCCUCCGCUGGGUUAAAGAAAACAUCGGCAACUUCGGUGGAAAUCCUGAUGACGUCACAAUCGCUGGCUACAGCGCCGGUUCAUCAUCAGUCGAUCUACUCAUGCUAUCAGAUAUGUCGAAGGGAUUAUUCAAUAAAGUAAUCCCGGAGAGCGGGGCGAAUACAGCCGCGUGGAGCGUUCAAACUGAUCCAAUAAGAGUCGCUAAAGAAUAUGGACGGAUGAUAAAUUAUUCAAGUUAUGACGAUUUGGAUUCCCUGGAAGAAUUUUACAAAACGGUGUCUUACGAAAUUUUGACUUCAGCGGAGUUUAGUCUGAUGAGCCGUAAGGAUUCGACGUUCUUAGUCUCGCCGUGUGUAGAACGCGAUACGGAGGGAGAAGAGUUCCUAACGGACAGCCCAGUUAAUAUAAUCAGAAGUGGCAAGUACCCUCAACUACCGAUGUUAUACGGGUUCGCGAAUAUGGAGGGACUGAUACGUAAAGACAAUUUCGAAGAAUGGAAAGAUUUAAUGAAUGAAAACUUUGCCGACUUUCUGCCCCCAGAUCUCCAAUUUGAUAGCAAAGAAGAAAGGGAUUCGGUGGCGCAAAAAAUUAAAGAGUUCUACUUUGGGAACUCGGGCGUAACCGAUGAGACGGUUUUGAGCUACGUUGACUUCUUCUCUGAUGUGUUUUUCACCUAUAGUACUUUGAGAUCAGUGCAAUUACAUGUUGAAGCCGGUCACGAUAGCAUAUAUUUGUAUGAAUAUUCAUUUGUUCACGAUGAUACUCCCGUGGUACCACACACAAAUGUACGUGGAGCUCAUCAUUGUGCGCAGUCUGCUGAUGUUGGUGAUGGGAACUUUACAAAUGUUGACGAAAACAUCUUACCAGCGCCUGCACGAGACAUGAAGAAGGUCAUUCGUGACAUAUGGUACAACUUUGUGACUACAGGACAACCAGUACCAAAAGGCUCCGAUUUUCCAGUUUGGUCACCAGUGGGUAAAGACUGGUCUCCUCAUAUGGUCCUCGACAAACCUCUGCGGCUUGAAGGAUCACUGCUCAAAGAAAGAGCAUUGUUUUGGAAUGAUAUCUAUGAAAAAUACUAUCGUCAUCCUUCUGCUCCAGAUACCAAUCCGUCCAAACUAAGUCACACCGAGCUAUGA